AUGGAACCAUACGUAUGCACCUACCCUGACUGCCAACUAAAUGACCACUUCUUCGAGAAGAAAGACGACUGGUACCAACAUGAAUCACGUGUGCACCGUGUUCAGUGGUUCUGCAACACAGAGACUCAUGAUCCCUUUAUCGAUAUUGAAGACUUCCUGGACCACAUGCACAAGAUCCAUUCAGAACCUCUCGAUAAAGCACAGCUUCUGAGUUUUCGCCGAGGCUUUCAACGACCUUCAGGUGCGCAUUCGGGAACCUGCACGUUAUGUAAUAAAGAGACAAGCAGACUAAAGUCUCAUAUUGCACGGCAUCUAGAACAACUCGCCUUGUUCGCAAUUCCCCCAAAGGACUACAGAGAUGACUGGAAGGGAGACGAUUCCUCGUCGGACAAUGCCUCGUCGAACGCCACACGAAGAGACCUGCAGACAUUGUCUAGCAGCCACAAACAGAAAGAAAGUUCGGAAGGGCGGUCUGAAGGUUCGGCCCCCAAGUUUGACGACUGGCAAGAUGACAGGAUGGACGAAUCAAACCCACAAGGCACCGAGAUCUAUGAUGGGACAGCAUUGGGUUCAUUUGAUCAACUUGGAGACGAAUGGAACUUUAUCCCACCUAAAUUCGAAGAACCUCGUGUUCGCGAUGACAUUCCCUCAACAAGGUUCCCACAAGAACGCAACGACUCUGAAGUGACUCGUGGUCGACGAAUGGAUGAGAAAAGGCCUCGCAUACGUAGUGUUGCGCCACACCCCCGACCCCAUUCCCCACCCCAACCCAGCACAUUGACUAAAGGGAACUCGCUGCGAAAGAACUAUUUACCAAAGAACCUGUUACCAAAGAAUCUGCUCCCAAAACGGGAUCAACGGAAGUAA